CUAAUUUUUCACAAAAUAGUUACAUGUAUAUGCACAAUUUAGUCACAUGCAAAGGAGAGAAUUGAUGUUGUAAGCUUUGCAAAUCAAUUAAUGAGCAGGUUGAAAUUCUUUAUAUUGGAUACACUUUCAAUAAAUGUACUUGGUUUGGAAUGAAAUCAUAACGAGGGCUAUCAUCAGGAUCAAUAUUCUUUCUUUUCUCUUUAUUAACCGGUUAUGAGGAAAUAAAAUGGAGCCCAUCUGCCUCCAGCCUCAUUGAACUUGGAUUGAAAUGAGCUAUUGACUUCCUACAGCCACAUAACCCCACCCACCACUACAUCCUGUCACUAGAAAUAAUGAGAGCAACAAUAAAUCAAUUUUUACUUUUGCUUGUAACAUUAUUUCAAAGGAUGAUUGACAUUCUGAGCUGCUUUCAAUCCAUUAUUCAAUAUUUGUAAGAUUGUAUGUCACAACUAUGAAUUAAUCAGGAAGUACUUGAUAAAAAUUUCUCAAAUUUCUGCUUUUCUGUGCUUUUUAUUGCGACCAACUUCCUCAAAAGCACAGUCAAAUGACUUUUUGAGCUGUCACAUUCUAUCUAUGAUCAAGAAUUUGUAGUUCUUUAGAAGUCAUUGAUCAGUGAUUACAUAAGAGACAGCUUCAUGAUGGGCAAAAGUGGCCCUCUAUUUUACACCAGCAUCCUGAUUUGUUGUCUUAUACCCUUCACAUUUCAGUUAUUUAGAAGAGAGUCGUUAACGAUCCCUUCAACUUUAGACCAAGAGAGCCUGGGAUGUGUACUGAAUGUAGAGCUUAAGACAGCCUUCUGCGGAAACAGUGGACUCACUUCGAUUCCUCAAACUCUUUUUGAAGACAUCUUGCGCUUUGAAUUAUUUGGAAACAACAUCACUUCUCUGUUAAGUUGGUCGUUUGAAAGAUAUCCUCUGAUUACUCGCUUGGACCUUUCUCGGAAUGAUAUCCGGGUAAUAGCAAAGAGUGCUUUACGUCCACUCAAACAUUUAAUGUACCUUGAUAUAUCCCAUAAUCCUCAUCUUGUUCUUCCAGACGCAGGGCUUCUACGAUGGUCCAGAAAUCUUUCCACUCUAAACCUGUUCUCUUCAAAUUUACAGGCUCUCCCCAAUCAUGACAUUCUUAAGUGGAGUCCACAAUUAGAAUAUGUCGGACUUUUCAAUAAUCAUCUCAAAUCCGUUCAUGUGGGAUCUUGCGGUACUUUAAACUCAUUGAUCCUGUCAGGUAAUAAAAUUGAGCAAAUAAAUCCAGAUACGUUCCAUCUUGGUUGCCACAUUAAUCUUUUAGAUCUACUAGGCAAUCCACUCCAGUCAGUUGACCCGGAAGUGGUUAAGUCGUUGCAUGUCAAUUCUUUAAUUAUUGGUGACCAUCCCUUGACAUUCAAGUUCUUCAAAGAUUUGUUCUAUGGAGUUUCCCUUGGCGAAAUAGAUGAAAUUGUAAUAAUCAAUGCCUCUGUAAGUGGCUUUCUAAACGAUUUCUUCAAGCCAUUACAUGACCACCAUCUUCGUCAUCUUGAGUUCUCAUACAAUGAACUGGACAACCUGUAUCCUCAUGUCUUCUCCAACUUGACACAGGUUUAUCAACUCUCAUUUGGGAACGAACAUAUACCCAGGAUUGAACCGGACUACUUUGAAGGUAUGCAUGGCUUAAAAGUCUUGACUAUAGAAUAUAGUCAACUUAAAUAUAUCAACACUGAGAGUCGGAGCUGGAAUGUGGAUUUGACUGAACUUCACUUAGCUGGCAAUGUGUUGACCAAAAUUACUCCACAUACAUUUUGGGGUCUUAAGAAUUUGACGUUCUUGGAUUUGAGUGACAAUGAUCGACUUGCUACCUUUAUGCUCGAAUCUUUUUCGGGUCUUGAUAAUCUUGAAGUCAUCAACUUGUCAGAAUGCAAUGUCUUUCAAAUGAGACUAUACACCCCAUCUCUAAGAUGGCUUUCAAUGAGCAAUUUAGUAGCCCCCUUUAGCCCUUUGGUGCCAGAAGAAACUUUUAAAGGAACAAAAUCACUUGUAAGUUUAGAUAUGCUUGAGUCAGAGCUCCGUAAUUAUAAUCUCUGGAAUGCUGCAAUGAACGUAUCUAUUUUUGAUGGAUUAUUUAACCUUAAAACUCUAGAUCUGAGUGAUAAUACCGAUCUUGGGAAGAGUUUACCCAAGUACACCUUCAGAGAGCUCAGUGCACUGGAAGAACUGAGAAUAGAAUAUUGCCACAUUUCAACUGUUCACUACCUCACUUUUCAGGGGUUGUUGUCACUUCAGAAGCUCAGCUUAAGAGGGAAUAUCAUUCAAACUGUUCAUCCUAGGUUAUUUCAAGGAUUAGUACAAGUGACAAGCAUAAAUCUUAAAGGAAACAAACUAGAAUAUCUAGACAAAGGCAUAUUUUUAACCAAUGCAAAUCUGACCACUCUGUCAUUAGCUGAUAACAAACUGACAAGUCUGAACCAAAGUACGUUCCAACAUAUAAAAACAUCACUCUCAUCUCUUGAUCUUUCAGUCAAUCCAAUUAAUUGUAUCUGUGACUUAACAUGGCUCCUGAGUUGGCUAAGUAACUCCUUGAACCUGGUAAAUAAAGACGAAACUAUCUGUUCAUUAGCAUCUUUAGAAGGAACUAGACAAAAACCUUUGCUUGACUUUGACAUAGAAGAAUUGUGUAGAAUUAACAUUGUUCUGGUUUGUGUACUUCCACUGGUGGCCAUUUGCUUGGUGGCAGGUGUCGGAAUUGUUUAUUACAAUCGAUGGCAGUUAAGGUUCAAACUUUUUCUGUUGAAAUUGGCUGCUCUCGGAUACAAAGAGAUCAGAGAUGCACGAGACCACAACGAAUUUGAGUUUGACCUGAACAUCAUUUUCUACGAGGACGAUGAAGAAUGGAUAAGAGAACAUCUCCAACCGGCACUCGAGGAAAAACUUCCGCAGUUUGAGAGGAUGGUGUUUGGUGACAAGGACCUUAUUCCUGGAAUGCACUAUUUAGAUUCAGUGGACUAUGUUGUGAGUAGGAGUUACAAGACUUUGAUUGUGCUCAGCAGAGCUGCUGUUCAGGAUCGCUGGUUCAUGCUCAAGUUGCGAAUUGCAAUGGAUCAUGUCAGUGACACCCGGACCGAAUUUGUUGUUGCCAUCUUUCUGGAAGACAUCCCAGAUGCUGAGAUACCAUUUCUUGCUCGCUUGUAUCUCAGUGAUGGCAGACCUUAUCUUCAGUGGCCGAUUCAUGAAAGAGGACAGGAGUGUUUCUGGAAUGAAUUAUCCAAAGGCUUGACAAUUAAUCUAAGGACUAAUGAUUUGAUUCCAAAUGAGUAAACUGGAAUUAUCUAGCCCGUAUUCUGAAGUCGGAGUUAACUUAAACUCAGGUUUAAAGUUGUCGUUUAAGUAUUGAAAGCCAA